GAAUAAAAGGAGGGAACUGAAGUUUUGACGGGACUCUCAGAAUCUGCCUUUGCCUGUAGACUCUGUAUAUCUCUGUGCAAGAGUGCUCUUUGUCUGCAUACGACCUCCAGCCUCUGUUGCCAGUCAUUGUGUCUUGCCUUCUGAUAUAGAAUGGAAACACUUUUCUUGAUUAUCGCUCAUGUGGCAGGAUUCACAGUUCUGGCAGUGCCACUACCUCAAGCUACAAAUUUGGCAUUGUAUGGAAGGGCCACACAAUCAGACCUAAUUGGCAACCCAUGGUCAGGGUACAGUGAUGCCCACAAUGCCAUUGAUGGAAAUCGUGACCCAAAUUUUAAUCAUGGAUCCUGCACCGCCACUGAUACAGAAACAGAUCCCUGGUGGAGGGUUGAUCUUUUGAGCCCGUACAUAAUCACCUCCGUCGUCAUCACCAACAGAGAAGACUGCUGCCCUGAAAGACUCAACGGAGCUCAGAUUCGUAUCGGCAACUCCCUGCUGGACAAUGGCAAUAACAAUCCACUGGCAGGAGUCAUAUCCUCCAUCCCAGCUGGCAAAUCCCUCGCCUUCACAUUGGAUAAUGGGACACAGGGACGCUAUCUUAAUGUUUUUCUGCCUGGACUCAAAAAGCUUUUGACACUUUGUGAGGUUGAGGUGUAUGGAUAUCCAGCUCCAAAUGGUGAGAAUGUGGCUUUAAAAGGGAAAGCAACGCAGUCAGACCUUUCUGAAAAUGGAUUUGCAAACAACGCCAUCGAUGGGAAUCAUGACGCCAAUGCUUCUCAUGGUUCCUGUACUCAAACACAAUCUAAUCUCAACCCUUGGUGGAGAGUGGAUUUGCUUCAAAAUUAUAAAGUCUUUUCUGUGAUAAUCACCAACAGGAUUUUGUUCCCCAGUAGACUGAAUGGGGCUGAAAUACGAAUAGGAAAUUCUUUGGAGCAGAAUGGUGUCAACAACCCCAGGUGUGCAGUGAUCUCCUCUGUUCCUGCUGGGUUGUCCGAGACCUUUGAAUGUAAUGGGAUGGAGGGACGCUAUGUUAUUGUGGUGAUUCGUGGACGUGCAGAGUAUCUAUCACUCUGUGAAGUGGAGGUGUACGGAUCACCACUAGAGUAAAGUCCAGAACUGAAGUCCAGUGAAACAGCACACAGGAUGGAAAAACUCUCAACACUCUCUCCAAUGGUAUCACUUUAGGUUAGGCUGUCAGGAUAUUAUUUGAAUGAUAAGUAUAUAAUGCAAUUUGAACAACUAAUUUUUACAUUGCAUUCUGCAGCUAAAUAAUUAUCAUUUCUAUUUCUGAAUUUUUCUUUUUGAUCUCUAUCAUCUCCCAUUGUAUAAUAACUUUUCCCAUUACAAAUCCACCCUGUUGAUGUGGAGUGACUUUUAAGAUGGUGUUACAAUUAAAACAAAAAUAAAAUGUUUGUAAAUAACAACA